ACCAUUCAUCCCGAAGCACCGGACCAAACCGUAGCAGCCAAGCAUCUCUCGCAGUCAGUCGCCUAGUACACCACAAAACAAACCCGCCUGCAUCAUGACGUCUCUGAUGGUGAGUACCCGACGAUGUUUUUACGUAAACAUAUGCCGUCUUCAUUGCUGUCCGCGCCGAAAACACUCCGAUUCGAUUUUCGUUCCGUAAUAUGUUAUAAUAUACAUUUCUCUCUACUUCCCCGGUAAACCUAAUGGUGAAGUGAUAAAACGCUGCCGUAAAGGCACCGAAUCCGCUUCGGAAUUUCCUCUAAGCGUAUAGAAAUUGUCUCCUCGUUCUCCAAAAUACCGAUCUUUGUAAUUUUCACUCGAGCUUAACCGUGCAUAAUUUAUCGAGCAUAUAAAAUAUUAUGUUAGUCACAAUUGACGAAUCGCGAUCAAAAUACUUUUAUCUUAUUCGCGUUGCUUUUCAUGAAAAUAAUAAUAUUAUUAUUCGGGAUUUUGGUUUAUGUUCGCGAAAAUUCGAAAAAUUAGUUGUGAACAUCGUAUGCCUUCUAAUAUUAUACCGGCAGUGCGAAUUAUUUUUACCAAUAUAGUUUUUGACGAUCGUGUAUCGUAUUCUUCGGCAUAUUUUUUAUAUUUACCAUGUGUACCAUCCUAUACGCUAUUUUUCCAGUUCGUUGAAAAUAGUUCAAAGAAAAACUUAAAAGUUAAAAAUAUUAAGGAUCACAAUAUUUCAAUUGGUGAACAAAAUUCGUGCAAAACCGUUUCAUUCGAACACGUCUUACGUGCUUUUAAUAUACUCGAUUUAUAAAUACUCCUUUUAUCAGUCCGUUCGGAACAAAAUUGAUAUUUUAAAAAUUGUAUUAUAUUUGUUAGUAGUCAUGUACCUAUUAUUCUAUAUAGCCGAGUUGGAUGAAUUCUGUUUCUAUAAAAACUAUAACCCGCAUUUAAAGUUAUCAGUAUAUAUUUAAUAAUCGUGUGUGUAAUUUAAAUAGUUUAUAAUACGAAUGAAUAACAUUUAAACCGAAUCGUAUGGCAAUUGAACAUUCACGAUAGUAGUAUAAUUGCCUUGUUUCAGGAAAUUUACAUUCAUUAUGAUACACAAUAAUAUACAUUGCUGUUCUUUGUUUUAUUAUACGUCCGCGAGCAAUACUAAUUUUAUCAUAACAUUUUUGGUCGGGGAAAUAUUUGCAUAUUAUAUUUUAAAGCAGAUAGGUUGCAGUGCGCUAAAAGAAAUAUCAAAGUGUACUAUAUACGCAAUAAAUACAAAUUAAAAAAACGAAUACAGAUUUAUACAAUAGUAUAAUGUUUUAUUCGUAACGGACAUGAAAACAUCCAAACUCUACUCGGAUUUCGGCAUAAAAAUCACAUUGUUAUUUUAAAAAAAUAAAAAAAAUGACCGAAACUAUAAUAUAUAUAUAUAUAUAUAUAUAUAUUGAUUAGUAUUAAUUACGUAUAGUAUUAAAAGUGUUUACUAUUCAUUGGGUAUAACGUAUAAGUUACUUUAUGAAUUAGUCCGUAUGCGAGCUCUAUCUCUUAUACGGUUACACAUUUUGAAACGCAGUUUUCAUUAAACGGUUAGUAAGUUAUAGAUAUUAAAAAAAAGUCCCCGUCGAUUUUCAAUUCAAUCGGUGAAAAAAACUACGAGUCGUUUUGGGAGCUUUUAAAAAAUUAAAAACUAUACUGUCCCUCCGAAUUGUAUCGGUUUAUUUUUAUUUUUCUAUUCGUUCCAAAAACCAAAACGCGCAUGGCUAUAUAAUAACAGUGUUAUAGGUGCCCGCCUGUAGGUUAUACUUGAUAUCUCGUUUUCGAUUCAAUCCAAAAACAUAAUAAAAUAUAAAGAGAUGAUAAAAAUCGAUUAGCGCAUUCAUCCAAUCAAACGGCGAUCUAAACGAGUGUGUAAUAUCUAUUAGCAUGUUACCACGCAUCUUUUUGGGGGGUCAAUCGAAACGAACGUUCCGUGACUAAUUUCAAAUCGUCCGUCACCUAUACCUGCAGUACGACGAUUAUCCACAGCCGCGCGCGGUCCAUUCUUUAUUAUACACGCCAGCUAUCGCCGUGUGAUACAAAGUGUAUAUAAUCGGUUCGGAAAUAUUCGAACACACUAUCGAUAGGUGCCUCAUCCUACAUAUGUAUUAUAUCCAUAAUACAACGAAAAACAUAAUAUCGAGACCCACCAUUUUAUGCGCACGCGGGAAUUAUUACUGCAGCUAUGCUGUUUCGUGUAUAAUAUUAUAUAUAAUUGCAUAUAACAUAUCGACUGUUUCCGCCCGAAAUUCAUGAAAUUUACACGUUAUACUCGUAAUAUUUCGUAAUAAAAUCGACGCGUAUAUCAAUUAUAAUAAUAAAAUAUAAUAUAUAUAAUAUAAUGUCUGAAAUAAAAAUCGAUACGAAGGCGAUUACAUAUAUAUAUAUAUAUAUAUAUAUGUAUAUAGGUAUAAUUCAAAGGAUCGGAUUAGUUUUCGCUUAGUAUAUCAAAUUAAAUCCGCUCGGAAAAUUACUAAACACCGCGAAUCCGUCGACUAAGCGAUAUAAUAAAACGUUUACGAUAUAUAUAUAUAUAUAUAUAUAUAUAUACAGGUGUAUAUAAUACCACAUAUCCUAUAUGUAUACAUUGAAUUCAUUGAAUUAUCGAGUUCCAUAUAAUGACGUAGUCGAUAUCAUUUUUCGUUGAUCUCUUCCUCUCUAUUUUUCUCUCUCGGUAUUUCUAUUACAUAUAUUAUACAAAAUCGAAAAAAUAAUAACUUCUUGAACCCAUGAGACGGAAUACACGUAUAUAUAUAUUAUAAGGGCCACCGUAGUGGAAUCGUAUGACCCGGCCACGAAUCGUACAUAUAUUAUAAAAAAAAAACGUACGCUGCAGCGCGAUCCAUUCAACCGAGAGCCUGGUUCUAUACCUAUAUUUUAUAAUAAUAUAAUACUAUACGCGAGACGCAACCGUGACAAACGCGACAAUGACGAUUGAUCUAUUUGUCACGGUAUGCCUGUGGCGACGGAAGAAACUGUGCGUGUGUGUACAUAUAAUAAUAAUAAUAAUAAUGCGAAUGAACUGAAAGUCCUAUUAAACGUCAAAACAGAUGAUGUGUGUACGUGUGUGUGUUUGCGCGCGUAGUUGCGCGAAUGUGUGUGAUUAAUUAAAUCGUAUUCGGAUGCGUAUAUUGAAAAACGGCCGACAAUUUUCUAUGUACGCUGCAGCAGCCCCGGAGACUUUAACGAUCGGUGCGCGUUUCGGCCGCGGCGGCGGCGUAGACGUUUUAUACGCACGUUAUUACAAUAUUAUCAAUUCGAAACCGAUAAUAUUAUUGUUAUUAUAAAGCGGUUUCGCAUUCCGAAUAGUGGGCAUUUUUCGCGGGUCGCCCGUAUUACCGAACAUGUCGGUCACGCGCGCGCCUUAAUGUAAUAAUAAUAAUAAGGGAAUAAAAAUACCCUCAGCCGGGCGGCGAUUGUUUCGGCGAAAUGCGACCCGCCGGCAUUAGGUCGCUAGGAUACGGCCCCCGAAAGAACAACGCGAUUUGGAAAGCGAACGAUAUAAUAUUAUAUUGUAUCCACGCGCCCGCCGCGAAAUCCCGCGCACGAUAACGUACUCUCUCUCUCUCUAUAUAUAUAUAUAUAUAUAUAUGUAUACAUAACAGUAAGAGUAUAUGAUAUCACAAUAAAAAAUAUCGUCGGCGUUGCAAAGGCUCGGGCAAAACAAAAAAAAAAAAAAAAAAUGUACCGUCGUUGAGCGGUCCUUUUUUUGUUUCGCUUAAACGCACGUCAACGCGCGUGUACGAUACACGCGUGAAAUACAAUAGCCGUCGCGUACGACGCGCGCGCGCACAUAAUAUCGUAAUGAACGCUCGUACGCUACGUAUACGUCGAGCGACGGCGGUACGGGGUUGAAAAUUCGGCCGCGUCCGCCAAGUCGGGUACAAGAUGGGCACUACAGGCAGUCGGGGCCCGAUUCAUUUCGGGUACUGUACGCUGGACGGGGUCCCGCGGCUUUCGGUAAGCACGAUUGCCCGCUAUAACAACACGUGCGUAUUGUCGGGCCCGACCGUUCGAAAGCAAUAAUACGAUUAACACCACGUUUUCCAUUUCGUUUUUCUACAGACUCGCGGGGGAAUCCAUAUUUUGCCGGCGAUUAUGUUUGCUAUUUCAUCCGCAACGCGCGCGUAUUUCUAAACAAUGUAAAUAUAUAUAUAUGUAUAUAUGUGUGUGUGUGUGUGUGUGUGUGUGUGUGUGUGUGUGUGCAUGUUCCACUUGUACGUUUUCACUUUUCCGUCACUAUUCCGCGCGGGUAUAUCUGUCCGAGUACGUUUUUAAACGUCUAUGAACUGCGGGUAAAUAUUACGCCGGACAUCGCGGUGUUUUGUUUCUCUAAACUUCCGUUUACUGUAUUAUAAUACCACGGUAUUAUUGUUACUAUAAUUAUUAGUCGACCGGGCGGGAACCCGGGGUGGACUCGGAUGCGCCGAAAAAUACACCGCAGUAACACAUCAAUGUAAAUCACGGGUGCAAUACGCGUACAGUGGGGCCUCGCUAUCUCGAAGUUUCUGUACGUCGAUAUUUUUUUUUCAGCCGCGGCUGUUCAGUGUUGGUUGUUGUGGUUCCCUCAGUGACUCGAAGUUUCGAUGUGUCGAUUUUUUUUUUUUUCUGGUCUCCUGAGACUUCGAGAUACCGAAUUUCCACUGCAUUGCCGUAUGCAUAAUAAUAAUUAUCGGACGUUUUUUAUUUUUUUUUUUUUCACACGUCUAAAACGGCUGUACGGCAUAUGCCGUCGCUGUGUGCAGUCUGUUUUAUCGGGAAAACGGACAUAAUAAAAUGAUGUGUAUGCAGUCGUACCUCCUCGUAUAUUAUAUCUUAUCGGACGGCGAAUUCGGCGCGCAAGCGUAUGUUGAACUCGACAAAUAUUCGUUUUCCAAUAAAUAUACACGACACAAAGACAUACCGGUACUACACACACACACACACAUACGUCAUAUUAUUACCAUUAUUAUUACGUAUUAUUGUGCAUGACGGUGUCCGGGCGCGAGCGGAAUACUACGGCGAUAAUAAUAAUAAUAAUAAUAAUAAUAGACCUUUGGAAAAUCGCGAAUCGCACGUCCGCGACGACGAUCGCACUACCACAUAAUACUAUACGACGUAUGUACGCUCGUAUAUUAUGGUACACACGUGUACGCGUAUAAUAUCGUUUGUCAUCGGUCAAUCGGCACCACACUCCGGACGACAAUAAUUCUCAAUGCCCGCCAUACGUAUACACACGUCGUACAUAAUAUGAUGUACUUCUGCAUCUGCAGCUAUUAAAUAAGCUCUACGACAAUAAUAUAUAUUAUACGACCGUCGCUAUAAUAAUAAUAAUAAUACACGCGAUACCGUCGCACAAUGGGGGGUCUCCUCUUCUAAAAUUAACACGUCCGAAUCUCCGCGCCGAGUAACGCGACGAUUUCCGAAAUUCGAUUGUGCGCGUAUCUGGGCCACUGGAGGAGCCGCUGAUUUGUAAUACUAUACGUAUUAUAUUGAUACUGUUGCGCACGCCGGACAAACGGAUCGCACAUUCGCACAUAACAUUAAUUAAUAUAAUAUAAUAACAGAUAAUAUAAUAUAUUGUUAUGAUACGCAUUCCGUUUGACCGACUCGGCUAGACGCGUAUAUUGUCGCGUAACGGAGAUUCGGGGGAGGGGGGGCUAGAGGUGGAAACGAUCGUCAUUGCUCGCACCGCAGCAGUAUACCAUUUCGGAAUUAUAACUCACGGCUGUUAAAGGGUCACAAGGUAUCGUGUCCCCACGGUGUAUUACCCACCUAUAGUAUCCCCGUGACGAAUCGAACAGCAAUAAUCAUAGAAUGUUACCAUUGUAAACCGUUAUCAUCGACCGCUCGUUCAACAGCAACACGCUAAAUUUAUUGUUAUUAGUAUUAUUAUAUACGCGUAACGAAAUACUGUCGUUCACAGGUGGUUGUAAUUGGGCUCGUAGCGGCAUGCUCGGCCAGCCCGUCCCUAUACUUCAGCGGUCCGCAAUACUACAGCGGUUACUACCCGACCGCAGUGGUUAGCCCGAUCAAGAGCCAAUACCACACGCAAAACGAACUGGGACAAUACGCUUACGGCUACAACGACGGCUACUCCAGCAAAUCCGAAACCAAGCACGCCAACGGUCUGACCGAGGGAUCUUACUCGUACGUGGACCCGAACGGCGUGUUGCAACAGUACAAGUACUUGUCGGACGAAAACGGUUACCGCGUGACCGGCACCAACUUGCCCGUGGCCCCAGCCGUGCCUGCAGUCGAAGCACCGGCAGCAGCCCCAGCCGCCGCAGUCGAGAUCAAACCAGCCAGCGACGCCGAGCUCCCGCAGCAGGUGCAGGACACUCCGGAAGUGGCGGCUGCCAAGGCCGCUCACCAGAUUGCUUACGACGAAGCCGCAAAGGCCGCCGAAGCUUCACCGGAGGAACCGUCGUCCGAAGCCGUAGCCGUCGAAGCACCCGCCGCUGAACCGGUCGCCAAGGCAGAGACUCCAGCACCCGCGCCCGCAGCUGUCCACGUGUCCGCCCCCGCUUACAGUUACCACCCGACCGCUUACGGUACUUACCCGUCGUACGCCAUCCACGCCCCGGUCGCGUCCUACGCCUACGCCGCCGCCCCAGCCGCUUAUGCGUACGCCCCGUACGCCGCCGCCGUACCGUCAUACACCGGAGCGUAUUCGCCGGUCAACAGCCAAUACCACUCCCAGGACGAGUUCGGCCAGUACUCGUACGGUUACAACAGCGGUUCGUCGUCUAAGGCCGAAGUCAAGACCAUCGACGGAGUUACCCGCGGUGGAUACUCGUACGUGGACGCCAACGGACUAGUCCAACAGUACCACUACGUCUCCGACCCGGUCAACGGUUUCCGCGUCACCGGCACCAACCUACCAGCCAACACUUUGUAAACACCCUUCCUUCUCUCUUCCGACCACACGCCACGCCAUCACCGCCUCCGUCCCCUCCCACCAUUGCUACGAUGUUUUAGGUACCGGAUAUAAUAUAACGUAGUUACGAUACGAUACGCAAACACUACGUGUAAGUAUAACGUGCGUAAAUAACUAUAAUAUUAUUCUUAUAUGUGUAUAACUUGUCGAGUUUUGUAUAGACUCCCCUCCAUGGUUAAUGGUCCGGAGGGGGGGGGCGUGACGAUACCGAGGAACGUCGGAACCGUUUGACGCCUCGUACUCGCGCGGGUCAAACUGAACCGGUGAACUUCGACAUUUUCGCGAAGAAAAUCGUUUCUCGGUACCGUCACGCUCAAAACUCCUCUUCCCGUCGUCAUCAAGGAUAACGACGAGGAGGAAAAAGGCUAAAUAUUAAAAAAAAAGUUUUUUUUUUUUUUUUUUUUUUGUUAGUUUUUAAGUUUUUGCAUAUACACUAUCUUCACGUGGACACAUCAAUUAUUAUUAUUGUAUUUUUGGUAAUAAAAACUCUGUUAAUAAAGUCACGAUUUUGUA